AUGGCGCUCAACACCCGGGCCUGGGCCCUGCUGGAGGCAGUGAGGGAGAAGGCAGCUUGCCAGGAAACUCGAGAGAAGCAGCUGGCAACUGAGGAGUCUGAGCUGUGUGUGAGGCUCCAGAGCUCUGAGGAAAGAGCAGAGGCCAUGGCAACACAGUGUAAGGCCAUGGAGCUGGAGCUGAGGAAGACACAGGCUGAGAGAGACAAUCUCAGGGCUCGCAAUAAGGAGCUACUGAAACAGCUGGAGCAAUGUGAGCAAGAGUGGGUGCAGGCAGAAGCCAUGCACAUCUCUCGCCAAAUUCUCCUGGACAAAGAGGCCACGGAAAGGCAGGAAGAGGCUGUGACUCUUCGUCAGGAGGUGGCAUCUCUGAAGAAGAAAUUGGAAAACCUGGAGAAGGAAAGGAAGGAUGUGCUGCAUGAUGAGGAAUUGUACCAGCAGCACAUGAGAUACCUGGAAAAGAAGAAUGAAAUGCCUGCACCUGAGAUGCCAAAUGAUAAGGAAAAUACUGAAGACUUGGAAGUGGAGAGGGAAGACAUGCAAGAGAAGUCGGAGCAUGGGGCUGCUGCUUUGAAGAAAUUAAGGGACAACACUCAAGUACUGAGUGCUGCACUGAACAAGAGUGAAAUUGCCAAAGGGGCUCUGAAGAAGCGCUUGGACAUCCCGAAAGGAAAGAUCCAGGCAGGCAGAGGCAUUGGCUUUCAGUCCAGUCCAGUGUCCCUGAAUUAUUCCAGUGGUGUUUCCCAUGAAGGGCCAGAGACCAUUGACUUCCUGAUUGUUUCCUGCAUUACCUAG